ACACUGCUAUAGAUUCAGGUGAGGUGAGGUGAGGCGACAAAAAGUAAAUAAAGGAAAAUUUUAACCGCAUCGCAAACUGACGGAGAAAAACAGCAAGAAACUGAUCUGAUCCACAAUGGCUUCAUUCUUUAACGUUGGCGCUUUGGGAAAUGUUUUCUCCACACCAGUUGGCCAGCGCAUAGAGGCUGCCACUGAUGGCAACUUGGCCUCGGAGAACUGGGCGGCCAACAUGGAGAUUUGUGACAUGAUAAAUGAAUCCUCAGAUACUGCUCGUGAUGCCAUGCGUGCCAUUCGCAAACGUCUUUCACAGAAUGCCGGCAAGAACAACCAGGUGGUUAUGUACACUUUGACCGUCCUGGAGACGUGCGUCAAGAACUGCGGCAAGGCUUUUCAUGUCCUUGUUGCCCAGAAGGAUUUUAUAAAUGAGUUAGUCAAGCUAAUUGGGCCCAAGAACGAUCCACCAGCUGCCAUGCAGGAAAAGGUUCUUAGUCUGAUACAGAUCUGGGCGGAUGCGUUCAAGAACCAGCCAGAUCUUAAUGGAGUCACCCAGAUGUACAUGGAACUCAAAAACAAAGGCAUCGAAUUUCCAGCCAACGAUCUAGAUGCCAUGGCUCCUAUUUACACUCCACAGAGGAGCGUUCCCGAGUUGCCUCCUCAGUUGGUGGCUGCCCAGCAGCACACGAUUUCUCCUCAACACAUGGCUGCCGCUGCCGCCGCUGCUGCUGCAGCCGCUGCUCCACCAAACACAGGGCCUUUGCAUUUGACGCCUGACCAAGCCGCUAAACUGCGUUCCGAACUGGAGAUCGUUAGCAACAACAUGUCCAUCCUAAGCGAGAUGCUCAGUGUUCUAAAGCCCGGCCAGGAGUCGCCCGACGACUAUGCCCUACUCAACGAGCUGACCUCCACCUGCAAGGAGAUGCAGUCUCGUAUCGUGGAUCUGAUUGGACGUGUCCAAGACGACGAGCUCACCGCAGAGUUUCUGCGCAUAAAUGACGAGCUGAACAAUGUAUUUUUACGUCAUCAGCGUUAUGAGAAGAAUCGCUCACAGGGACAAGGAGCUGCUGUCACUUCGCCCUCAGCAGUGCUGGGCGCUGCAAUGGGUCUGCCUGGCGUUGGAGCAGGAGCCACCACAUUGGCCACGCUACCACCGCCGCCCAACACAACUACUGCCGUGAGCAAUACGCCGCAAAGUGACCAGCUUCUGAUCGAUCUAAUCGAAAGCAGCGAGGAGGCCGCCCAACUGCCGCAGAAUUUGGGCCAGCUUAGUCUGGGUGGUGGGGCAGCACCAAUUCAGACCCAAAGAGGAACACGACCUGCUGAUGAGUUCGAUAUGCUGGCGCAGUCGCGCACCGAUGGCAACCACAAAUCCGAUUUGCUAAGGGAUAUUCCCUCCGUGGACGCUGCUGCAGGAAGUGUGACGGCCACCACAUCGCCUUAUAAACAGAACCAGCUACAGCAAGGACAACGCUCAGCCGGCGAUCCGCCGGUGGUAAGUAAAUCGACGAAAGAGAAUGAGAUCGACGAGAUGGAGGCGUGGUUGGGCAGCUCACACAUCGAGGGUAUUGAGGAACUGACCAGCUCGGAGUUUGACAAAUUCCUAGAAGAGCGUGCCGCUGCCGCCGAAAAUCUUCCAACGAUCAAUGCAUCGAACUCCGCCGCCAGUGCCACGACAGGAUCGGCAGGUGCCGAUAGCUUACGAAAGACACCAAAGAAACCGGGCGCCGAGGAAGAUCUGCUCGCCCUCUGAGUGAUCUCCGCCAGCACUAUCAUCGGCUCUAAUUGUUUACUCUUUCAAAUGUUAUACACACCCCCUAACAUACUUAUGCAUAACGUCUAUAUAAUAGCUGAUACAUAUUAUCACAUUAUGUAAAAUGCUUUUAAUUUUUACAAAACUGCAACGAUAACUAUUGAUUAUAUUCCAAAAAGCGAUCUUCUGUUGGUCUAAUUAUAAGCCACGUCUACACAUAUUAAUGGUAAUUUAAUGUAUUACGUUACAAGUCUAUUUGUUGUUUAUUUAUACAUAUAUACAUACAUUAUAAAGCUAAUUUAUUUUAUAAAUCAAACGAUGGAAAAGAAAAAAUUAAAACA